GGGCAGACCUGGGAGCAGCGCUUCCAGCACUCAUGGCAAAGCCAUUAGUUCAGCCUGACUACGGAGGGGCCCCGAGGAGGACAAACGCACCGGACUCCGCGCAGGAAUUAAACAGGUACGAGGAGCAGAUAAGCAAUGUGCACUGCCCUGAGCCCCAAGGCACGUGGGCCUGGCCUCUCUGACAUGCAUCAGUACAGCCAGUGGCUCGCCAGCAGACACGAGGCCAACCUGCUGCCAAUGAAAGAGGAUUUGGCCCUGUGGCUCACAAACCUCCUGGGUAGAGAAAUAACAGCAGAAACCUUUAUGGAGAAAUUGGAUAAUGGUGCCUUGCUUUGCCGGUUAGCUGAGACCCUGCAGGAGAAAUUUAAGGAAAACAGCUUUGAUGCAAACAAGCCUGGCAAAACCUUACCAGUUCGGAAAAUUCCAUGCAAAGCCAAUGCUCCUUCAGGGUCUUUUUUUGCACGGGACAACACAGCAAAUUUCUUAUCCUGGUGCAGAGAUGUAGGUGUGGAUGAUACCUGCCUGUUUGAAUCAGAAGGUUUGGUACUCCAUAAGCAGCCAAGAGAAGUGUGCCUUUGUUUGCUGGAACUUGGAAGAAUUGCAGCAAGGUUUGGUGUGGAACCUCCUGGAUUAAUAAAAUUGGAAAAAGAGAUUGAACAAGAGGAAACACUUUCAGCUCCCCUUCCAUCUCCUUCACCAUCACCCACAAAGUCUCCUGGGAAAAAGAGCACAGGGAAACUGUUGGAUGAUGCUGUCAAACACAUUUCUGAAGAUCCACCUUGUAAAUGCCCUAAUAAGUUCUGUGUGGAGCGUCUUUCACAGGGAAGAUACAGAGUUGGAGAGAAGAUCCUUUUUAUUAGGAUGCUGCACAACAAACACGUGAUGGUCCGUGUUGGAGGAGGCUGGGAGACUUUUGCAGGUUAUUUACUGAAGCACGACCCGUGCCGAAUGCUGCAGAUCUCCCGAGUAGAUGGGAAAACUUCUCCAAUCCAGAGCAAGUCUCCAAACCUCAGGGACAUGAAUCCAGACAAUUAUCUGGUUGUUUCUGCCCAUUACAAAACCAAGAAGGAGAUUAAGUGAAAUAAGCUUCUCGUGUAUGUGGGACUUCAUGUAUGUAGGUCCAAAUUAUUCUCCCAAGUGUAGUGAAUUUAGUUAAUGCUUUAAAAGGACUUUGGAAAAUUUAACACCGACUGGAAAUGACACCCCAUUUUGAAGAUCAUUGAAUUUAGAACUAUUUAUUUCUAGUACUGUAUCUUUUAUAGCAAAUUACCCUUGAUAGGCUAAUUACUACAAUCAGAUAAUAAAUAGACAUAUAUUUUUAGCCAAAUUAUUACUCUUUAAUAUGUGAAUGUAUACUUAGAGCUACAUAAAGGAGUGCAUCCUGUUAAUGGAAGAAAAUAGACAAUGAAAUAUAUUUGUAUGAAAAUCUUAUUACUUUGAAUCCCUGACUGUUAGGUUAGUUGAAAUAUAUAUAUGCAGGUGAAAAAUGGGUAUUUGGGGAAUUAUUUGGAAAUGUCUCUUGAAAUGAAAUAAAAAUUGACUAUUUCUA